CACCAGCAGCACUACGCUGACUGGGUGCUGCUGACUAUUAAUAUUCACCUUGUGAAACUAUCCACAGUCAGUAUAUGCGGUCAGCGUUGUGCACAAAGACACGGCCACUCAGCGAUACUUUUCCCAAACUGAAAUCCCCUUCAGGGGAGGGAGAGAGAGAGAGAGAGAGACGGGGAGCGAGAGGGGACUGCAGAACACACAGGGUCUGGAUGAAUAACCAUGGCAACAGCAGCAGCAGCAGGAGAAGCGAUGAUAUAAACAUUUACAUCCGCGCAUCCGUCCGCAAACAGCAAUUCACUCCAGUAGAGGCUUGGACCAGAAACCCUCUGCGGAUAUCACUCCACAUCAGCGCUAAGGUGAUGAGUGGGAUCAUAUCAUGUCUGAAGUACAGGGAACAGUGGAGUUUUCUCUAGAGUUGCACAAGUUUCACAAUGUGGAUCUCUUUCAAAGGGGGUUCUACCAGAUACGAGCAGGGCUGAAGGUCUCACCUCGAGUGCCCCACAGGGUCAUAGCAACAACACAAGACAAUGCAGGAGAGUGCAGCUUCAGCUCUGCGGGGGUUUACGACGGCACCGUGUUCAGCCGGAUAUUUCAGAUCCUGUACAGAAACGAGGAGAUUGCGGUGAAUGACUGUAUGAUCUUCAAAGUCCACCUGCUAUUGGACGGAGAACGGGUGGAGGAGGCCUUGAGUGAGGUGGAUUUUCAGUUGAAGCUGGAUCUUCAUUUCACUGACAAUGAGCAGCAGUUGGCUGAUAUAGCGACUGUCCCCUUGAUCAGCAGUCGGACCCUCAGCCUCCAUUUCCACCCGCGAAGAGGCCUCCACCACCACGUCCCUGUCAUGUUCGACUAUUUCCACCUGUCAGUCAUUUCUGUCUCCAUCCACGCUUCACUGGUUGCCUUACAUCAGCCCCUGCUCAGCUUUGCCCGUACAGGAAAGGGCUCCUGGCUUGGGAAGGGCUCGCCAGAGAGCACAAACGACCCGUCCGCCAUGUCUGUAGAGAACCUCGUGUUCGGCGCUGGCUACUGCAAACCUGUCAUCUCUGAGGGAAGUUUUUAUGUGCCCAGUGAAAACUGCCUGCAGAGAGCUCAUACGUGGCACCGGCGACUCUGUCGCCUCCUGUUGGUGGCACACAGAGGCCUGCACACGUACUACACAGCACUCAUGAAGGAGAUCCCACAGCUGCAGCAGAUUCCUCUGGAAUCAGAUGUGUCGCCUGUAGAAGAAACGCUAAAUCAGCUGACAAUAGAGCUACAGCUGCAAGAAGGCCACGAGAAGGUGGCGGAGCAGAUCAGCAGGGACGUCAGCCAGCUCUGCUUCCAGCUGGCUGCUCUGUGGAGCUGCUUCCUGGAGGCCGCUGUGUUCAACCCCCACAUCCUGUCCUAUCUGGCCCAGGAGCACCACACGCUCAGGGUCAGGAGGUUCUCUGAGGCUUACUUUUUCACCGAGCACCACAAAGAGAUAUCUCUGACAUUUCAAGAGGAAUUAAUCAAUAGACACAGCCAGAUAGCUGCAGAAGUACGGAGCUCAGACUACUUGACCAAAAUGCCUCCUUUACCUGUUGAGUGCCUGGACAUCGAUGGAGACUGGAACAGCCUGCCUAUCAUCUUUGAGGACAGAUACGUGGAGUCUCCUCAAACACAGUACACAUCACAUGUGCCAAUGCCUGCAACUGCUGAUGAACAAACCAACUUAGAUCUUGCCAAGAGGAUUCUCGAAAGCAGCCAAGAAGCCGUAUCACCAGCAGUACCCAAUGACUCUCUGGGUAGUGAAUGCACGGACCUGCCCUUGUAUGUCUCGCUCACAGCAGACCAGAAUAAGAGCGACACCAGAUGUACCCAGAACAUCAUUCCUACUGAGGGCAGAACUGAACUUUCCGCGGCAGUGAAGGAAAACUUGACGGAAGCAGCAGAAAAUCACAACCAAAAUAAGGAGAGCUAUAGUUCAGGAGAGAUCUACGUUGCAAAUAAGUCAUGUGAUCCUUGUAGAGGAGAGGCACUUUUGGCUCCCUCCUCAAGCUUUAGUCCCCUCACAGAUUCUGCAGACAACAGUGACAAGUCUUCUCAUCCUGUAACAGAAGUAAUUGCCCAACUUUGUGAUGCCACAAACCACAGCAAAGCAAUAGAGAAUGAAAAAACUGAAGAGCAGCCUGACAUUGCCAUGCCUUUAAAUCACUCAGUGGAUGAUGAAAGUGAGGAUGUCCCUCCUAUCAGUGUACCCGCUGGCUGUCCAGUAAUACCACUCUUUCCGGGUGAGCUCAGAAAAGAGACGACUCAUCGCGGAGGUUUGGUCGGCACCAAGGUCAUGAAGCGCUCGUCCUCUGUUAUUUCAGACUCUGGUAUCGAGAGUGAGCCCAGCUCUGUAGCGUGGCCAGUGGAAGCCGCACUGCGAGGACGACCCCCUCUGGACUUUUCCAGCGAACGGGAGAUCCCACAGCAAAUAGUGUUAAAUCAUCCGGUGCACCGCAGCUAUCUGGAAGGCCUGCAGAUGGAGAGCAACGGCAGCCUUCCAAGUGGAGGUAUACAGGCUUCACUUACAUCAAUUAGUUCUUUGCCCUAUGAGGAGGAUCAGCAUCAGAGGCAGCUAAGCAAGCUGACCAAGUCUGUUUCUGCGCCGCAGAUAAGUAGCCCAGAAGAUGUAGAGGAUGGCCAUAUGCUGCUCAACCAGGAAACAGAUUGCAAGAGCUUAGUACAACAUGAAGAUUCAUGUAGGACAAACUGUUCUUUGUACAGCAACCUGGAUUCUGGACAGUCAGAAUUAUCUCCAUUAGACAUGAGUUCAUCAUCAAAUCCUGGCCAUAUUGUCAAGGAGAAUGGGACCUCUGAAAAGUCAAACUCUCCACAGUACCUGUCAGAGACAUACAGGAUAAAGUCAGCGUCAAGCAGUGUUUCUGAAGUAUUACUUUUACAAGAGUCUGCAGAAAGCCCUCAUGUCAAGGAAAGUGCUGUUAUUGGCAGCCAGAGGGAGAAUACGAACAAUCAAACACACAUCAGUGGAGUAACCUCAGUGAAGAAUAUCUUUGUCGUUGAAUCGGAAACAGAGCCCUGCAGCUGUGGAAACAAACCAUGUGUGCAUGAAAGUGCAACAGAUCAGGAGAGGAUUAACACGGGAGAUGAGUGCCAAAGUUUCCAUCAGACCCAACUAUUCGGGCCUGAGAAACAUGAAUGUCUAGAUCCCUCACAGAUACUUAUAAAACCUUCAUGCUUCAGUGAUCUGCCCAACAGUAACAGCACCACUCAGAGGCCAAGUGACCCCUUGGGUGUGACAAACAGAGAGAUAGUGUCACCUGCUGAUGUAAAUGGAGUAUCGAGCUGUGAGAAAGCACCUUUGGACUGCCAAUCGAAGGCCACCAAGAUCCCUAACUCAGGACUAGCCUUUGUGAACAAGAAGAUGGUGGAGGUGGUGAACAUGUCAGUCUCCUGUGCCCCAACCUGCCUCCCAUUUUCAUCCGUCCUGAGAGACUCUCCAUCUAUCAGUGGAAUGUCCACUCGUCAGACUACCUCACCUAUCACCCAUCAGCCUCUGGGCUCCUUCGGUAUCAUCUCCUCAUCUUCACUCAGUCCCCUGAACAUGGAUGAAGAGACAAAUGAACGAAUGCUGAAUUUCUACAAAGCCAAAGAGGAGCUGUUCAAAGAGUUGAGCUUCCAGGCCAGCUUGUACAGCGACCUCCCGCUCCUGGCAUCAGAUCUCCCCUACUUCCCUCCUGAAGAGGAUGAUGAGGAGUUUGAUGACGGCAUACACCUGGUGGUGUGCGUCCAUGGGCUUGAUGGAAACAGUGCUGACCUUCGUCUUGUGAAGACUUUCAUAGAGCUGGGAUUGCCAGGAUCCAGGCUCGACUUCCUCAUGUCUGAGAGGAACCAGGCCGACACGUUUGCAGACUUCGACGCCAUGACGGACAGGCUGCUGGAUGAAAUCAUUCAGCACAUCCAGCUCUACAAUCUCACCAUAGGCAGGAUCAGCUUCAUCGGCCACUCUCUGGGGAACAUCAUCAUCCGCUCGGUGCUGACGAGGCCUCGCUUCCGCUGCUAUUUGCCCAAACUGCACACUUUCCUCUCGUUGUCAGGGCCACACUUGGGAACGCUGUACAACAACAGCACACUGGUCAGCACAGGUUUGUGGUUAAUGCAGAAGCUGAAAAAAUCCGGAUCGUUGCUGCAGCUCACCUUCAGAGAUCACGUUGAUCCACGGAAAACGUUCCUCUAUCUCCUGAGUCAGAAACCAGGGCUCCAGUUCUUCAAGAACGUUGUGCUAGUGGCGUCUCCGCAGGACCGCUACGUUCCUUUUCACUCUGCCAGAAUAGAGAUGUGCAAAACUGCUCUCAAAGAUAGAACCACAGGGCCCGUGUACACCGAGAUGAUCAACAACCUCCUGCAGCCACUCGUAGAAGCUAAAGAGUGCCGCCUGAUCCGCCAGAAUGUGUUCCACGCUCUACCCAACACAGCCAACACACUGAUCGGCCGCGCCGCCCACAUCGCCGUCUUGGACUCUGAGCUAUUCCUGGAGAAGUUCUUCUUAGUGGCAGGACUCAACUACUUCAAGUAAAGGUGCUCCUACUGCAGGCUUGCUGGACCGAUCUGAAUGGUGGAUAAAGGAGUAUAAAGGAAGGGGAUGAGGUCAUUUUACCCUGUACAAUAGAUGUAAUGUAUAUAUUUCCUGGUAUCCAAGAGGCCAGAUUUGUAUAUCCCAUUUGUUAGGAUGGUUAGCAGCUGUUAAUAAAGGAUUGGUAUAUUGUGACUGUUUAAACCGCUAACUCAGAAGUCUGAGUUUGAUGUGUAGCCAGUCAAAGCAAAACAUCUGACAUCGAUGACAGGGUUGAUUGUAGAUGUUUUGUCGGCCUUAUGAAUAACCUCUCAGCCAGAACACUAACAGAUGCUAAUUGUGGUUUAAAGCAUUUACUUUCUUUCCCUUUAGAGUUGGUUUAGAGCCUUUGCUAUCGCUGGUUGAUUGAAUUCUUCUUUAAGGGUUACACUAAUGAUAGUCUUACACUAUCCUUACAAGGCAAUAGAUGCAUAGCAUUUAUGUCCUUGAUUGUACAUGAAGUAUUUUGUUGUACGAAACAUAGAUGUUCAUUUAUACAGAAAUGACUAUAUUGUUUAAAAUUAUUUAUUUUUUACCUGCUUAUGUUAUUUACAGUGUAAGUAGUCCGUCUACAUUUAAGUCUCUGUGUGUAAUUAUCAUCAAAUGUGUCAAAUGAAAAGUAAAAAGUGUGUUGUCUGUAUGUUUAUCUGUACAUCUCAAAAAAUCUUGCUGUCCAUGACUAGCUAAGUGUUAGGCUACAACAAACGUUUGCAUAGAAGUGUGCAGCAAAGUAUAUUUGAUAAGAGAUGAUCCUACCUGCUGUGAUAGCAUUUACUUUGUAAUUGUGUUUUUGUACUGACUUAGUAACAGAUUAACAAGAUUCAGGAUUGGACCAUUUGCUAAGCCCCACCUCCCCUUAGUUACCAUCGUGCCACCUGUCGAGCUUUUCAGCCUCUUAAGGCCCUUAUGCAAUCUAGAAUGAUACCCCUCCAACCUGCAGUAAUGUUUACAUUACUAAAAUGUGAUGUCAGACCUAAGUAGACAAAAGCAGACCUGUCACUGCUCCUGGAUUUUUCAGCGUUAGCUAGCUAACCAAUCAAGCUAAUCUCAGCUACUUGACUAUCAUACCUCUGUUUGACUUUGUUGCCUGCAAUUUUUCCUUUUUUAAGCUGAAUUUAGACAUAACAUAGCUUUAUUUGCAUGAUUUUUAUGACGUUUGCAUGACGUUUUGGGUUAUGUUGGUUGGGGAAGCCAACAUCCCAAAAUGUGUUAAACAGCGCACAAAGGAAAAAGUAGUACAAGUUGUGAUUAGACGUUUUUAUACUGAUUCUGUAGACAUUUGACCACCAACCAUUCAUCACCCAUUUUAGACAUGUGCCAAAAAUGGUGACAAGAUCAGUUGAAGACUAGACACAAAAUCUUAGCGACAGUCUGACCAUUACUUUGAAGGUGAGCUUUCUCCCUUUCUGGUUUGUUUUAUAUCUGCUUGGCUAAUAGUGCCGGUAACAGUGUUUGCUGACAAAUCUGAAGAACUACAGGAAACAUUUGCUGCCAGCCAGUCAAGGCAUACAUAUGUUUCCUUAGCAACAGGUUGUUGUAUCAUGUCCAAUAUGGCAGACAAAUUUUAGGCAAUGUGUGCAUGGCAUUAUAUAAAAAGUGAAUGUGAAUUUGGCAUUUGGGAUUUUUGGAACGAGAAGUGUAUAUGUAGAUUCAUGAUGUUUUUGGACUUCUUAGAUGGUGUGUUUGAAAUAAAUAACUACACAGCCAUAGUAUUUGUCAAAUAAUGCAAA